AUGUCCUCUCAAACAGAUGCCUUCCCACCCGGAUGCUUUCAACAUCCCGACCACAGCACCUCUGAUGACCCGGCCGGUACAACAAUCACCAGAAAAGACUCGGGCGUAGGACUUUCUGAGCCUCUGCAACAGGAACAUCAAGACAUCCAAGUCUGCGGUCAGCCUGAGACGUGCGAGCUAUCGCCAGACAUGUCCCAAGCGCUGCGGCGCUUUUCCAUCCCGCACAAGUGCAAAUUUGUUGAGGCGAAACGUGAGCUCGUUGACAAGAUUGUCAACACGGUUAUGGAGAACACAUCUGAGCGUAUAAUGGCCUUGCUACAGGAAGAGCUGCAGAAGAGAGGAGUGCAGUUCGCAGAAGAUGAUGAAGAAGAAGAGGAGAAGGAAAAGGAGGAGGAAGAGGAGGAGGAAGAGGAGGAGGAAGAGGAGGAGGAAGAGGAGUUGUGA